AUGAAAGAAAUUUUCAAAUUCUCACUUUGUUCACGAUGUAAUGGCACCUUAACUCGAAUAAUUUCAACCCAAACAAAAAAGUCAAAUAAUAUUGGAAUGCUUUCUAAUUUAGAAAUACCUGAUAAUAUAGAGGUUAAUUCUGAAAUAUGUGAUCUUACCAUAACAGAAAAUAAAAUGAUUCAAAAUCUAUCAGAAAUUUCUGAAUCUGAUGAAAAUAAUAAAAUUAAAACUUAUUCUACAGAUGAGAACAAUAAUUAUGAGAUUCAUUAUAGGGUUUUUAUUAAAUUAGAUGGAAAAUUUCAACCAGCUAAAUGGUAUACGAUUAUUGUAUUAGAAGUAGAUAAAUUUCUUGUAGAAAUUUAUACUAAUGUAAUUACAUUAACAAAAAAUAAAAUUAUUAAAGCAUAUGAUUACCAUGUAUCAUUCAAAGCAGAAAAAGCACUAGGUGUUGAAACUCAGUUAGUUGAUGUUCAGGAUUUUCAAAAAUUCUGUUCAGAUUAUCAAAAGUUUUUUGCAACAAAAAAAAAUAUAGGAAUUUUUAUUACAAUUAAUUCACAAACUUUAAAUAAAACUAAAUGUAAAAAAAAAAAUAACAGUUUUGAAACUGAAAUCAAUACAUCUGAAGACAAUGUGUCAAAAAUAUAUAAAAACAAAAAUAAAGUUUCAAAAAUUUCAAAUCUUAGAUCAGAAGAAACUAAGAUGGCAAAACAUGUCUUAGAAAUUCGAACUGCUAAUCAUUGUAAUAUACGUAAUCGAGCUUGUUUAAACAAAGAUAAAAGUAAAGAAAAUCAUAUUGAAAUAAUUUUUAUAAUGCUUUCAAUUUGGAUAUCAGAAAUUUUAUAUUCUACUUCAAAUAUUUCAGAACAACCAGUACAAACUACAAAAUUAACUAUACCAACUCUUAGUAAUUUUUUAAAACAAGUUGAUAAAAAUGAAAAUACAAAUAAUUAUUAUCAAAUUUUUUUAGUAGAAUUGAAACAACAAAGAAUUUCAAUAUGA